AUGUCUGGCAAUGGCCAUUGUGGAGAUGUCUUCGAGCUACCUGGUGAGCCUAUCAUGGAGGCAUCUACCCAUCCUUGGACCGCGGGUAAGAGUGGCAUCAAUCUGAAUGAUGCCGGCCGCGUUGAUAUCGACUGGGACUCAAAGUUCGUACGAGGGCUCUCGAAGCUCUAUACUGGCCCUUUCCUAAGAGCUCCUACUACACCACCACCUGAGUAUUCUGAGCAGGAUGCCGAUGCUACCACCGUUAGACCCGAUCGCAUAUCGGAACAUCCCGAGCCAAGUAGGGAGAAUGCAAAAGGUUGGGUCGUCAAGCUAAACAUUGUAAUUCAAGUCGUGGGAAGUCGGGGUGACGUUCAACCCUUCAUUGCCCUCGGAAAUGAACUUAUGCGAUACGGACAUCGUGUGCGUCUGGCUACACACGACAUGUUCGAAGGUUUCGUCAGGGAAUCGGGAUUAGAGUUUUACCCUAUUGGAGGCGAUCCAAGAGAGCUGAUGGCAUACAUGGUCAAGACUCCCGGGCUUAUUCCUAGCAUGGAGAGCUUUCGAGCAGGCGAGAUCCGUCGCAAGCGCGUCAUGAUUCGGGAGAUGCUCGAUGGAUGCUGGAGCUCAUGUAUAGAGCCGGAUGUGGUAACUGGCCAUCCAUUCGUGGCUGAUGCUAUUAUCGCCAAUCCACCGAGCUUUGCACACGUUCACUGUGCUCAAGCUCUCAGCGUUCCGGUACAUUUGAUGUUUACUAUGCCUUGGAGCAAUACAAAGUCUUUUCCACAUCCCCUAGCAAACUUCACGACAGACUGUCCAGAUCAGGGUUUCAAGAAUUAUGCCUCGUACGAUCUUGUCAAUUGGCUCACAUGGCAAGGUGUAGGGGAUGUGAUCAAUCGAUGGCGAAAAGUGCUUGAUCUAGAUGAAGUGGCCAUGUUUGAGGGUCCUCAUCUUGCUGAAAUACUGAAAGUCCCAUUCACAUACUGCUGGUCUCCGGCUCUUAUACCCAAACCGUUGGAUUGGCCGUCUUAUAUUGACGUCUGCGGUUUUUUCUUCCGUGAUGCGCCAACAUACGAACCUCCAACGGAUCUCCAGGCCUUUCUAUGUUCUGGUCCACCGCCAAUAUAUAUUGGCUUUGGAAGUAUUGUGCUUGAGGAUCCGGUCAGAAUUAAUACAGCCAUUCUUGACGCGGUCAAUGCUGUUGGUGUUCGGGCUAUCAUUUCCAAGGGUUGGUCGAAUCUGGGCGGAAAACAUACCGAGAACGUAUACUUCGUCGAAGAUUGCCCUCAUGAAUGGCUCUUCCAACACGUGGCGGCUGUGGUGCAUCAUGGAGGCGCUGGCACGACGGCUUGUGGCCUGCGGAAUGCAAGACCUACAAUCAUUGUCCCGUUUUUUGGGGGGAGUGAUCAACCGUUCUGGGGUGCUAUGGUUGCUGCAGCGGGUGCUGGUCCUGACCCUAUCCCUCACCAAGAGCUAAAUGUUGAUAUCUUGGCUGAAGGAAUUCGAUAUUGCUUCACGGAGCAAGCGAUCACUGCAGCCUCCGUAAUUGCGAUAAAAAUGGCAUCUGAAACAGGAGUUCAAGCCGCCAUCUCUUCUUUCCAUCGACAUCUUCCAUUGGAACGCCUCUCUUGUGAUAUAUACUCGGGGGAACCAGCAGUGUGGUCUUACUCCACGGGUGACACAAAGGUGAAACUGUCAAAAGUCGCAGCAGCAUCGCUAGUCGCGCAAAACUUGAUUGAUCCAAAACGGCUGAAAAUACAUGCACUAAAGCCUAUUGUGAUUGAAAAUCGUCGAUGGGACCCUCUCACAGGCGGAGCCUCUGCCGUCAUGGGGACCACGACCGACCUCAUUGAUUCUGUCCUGGGGUUGUUCUUCAAACCCUAUGAGGAAUAUAAAGACUACCAAGUAAGCCACAGUGAUCGGCCCUUGAGGAUUGCCUCGAGUCAAGCUGCAAAAAGGCCGACAAGCAGCUCUACCGGAAACUGCUCCCUGCAGACGACACAUGAGGGAGCUGACAAUAGACUCAGCCCUACAAACAGUAUAGUUUCCACAGCAAAUGCAUCGUCAGCCUCCAAAGGACAUGGAGCUAGGCUUGCAGGUAGAAUGGCCGGAGCUUCAAUGAAGAGUCUUGCCAACUUUGUGCCGACUGCGCUGAAAGGCAUGACUGUCGACAUCCCACUCGCCAUGACGGAGGGAAUGCGCAAUGUCCCUCGAUUAUAUGGCGAGAAGCCACGGGACCACGGUUCCGUUACUGGCAUUAAGAGUGGCUUUACUCUUGCCGGUACAGGCUUCGCAUUGGGGAUGGUGGAGGCGGUGAGCGACUUGGUCGUGAAGCCGUACGAAGGCUUCCGAAAGGAUGGUGCAAAGGGCGCUGCAACUGGUAUUGGCAAGGGCAUGGCAAACAUGACGUCUAAAGCGGGUUGUGCCAUGUUCGGUGUUGUGGUAUACCCUGGUGUCGGUAUUGCGAAGACCCUGAGAUCGGCCGUUUACUCUAAGACGAGAAAGAGAAUCAUCAAGGCGCGCCGUGCCGAGGGGACAUGGUUGUUGGAGAAUGGCAGACAUGCGGAAAUUAAUAGCAACGUUAACAGCUUCCAAAGGAUACUGAAGGGUAAGAACACCUGA